AUGACCAAGAGUAAAAGACUUCUCCAGACAUACUUGAACAAUAAAGAAUGUUUGUCUUCUGAAGAGUUGGAAGAUGGAUUCAAAAGGUGCGAUGUGAAAGAAGACGUAUGGAAAUUAGGUCUAUGUUUUUUGGUAGACUCUCUUUUAUUACCUAGUGAACUAAAGAAGAAAUGCUUUAUUGAUGUCCUUUCCAUCGUGGAAAAUGAAGAUGACUUAUUCAACUAUCCUUGGGGGAGAUUAUCGUACGAGAAGACAUUAUUCGGCUUGGCAAAAGAUAUGGAAAGGCUAAGGAAUAAAUACUUGAAGAAUGUUGAGCAAAAGAGAAAAAGACCAGCACCUCAGUACACAAUUUAUGGUUAUGCCAUUGCUCUGCAAUAUUGGGCCUAUGAAAUUUUCACAAAGUUCUCUGCAUUUGCUGAUCAACAACCCCUGGCCUUUCCAAGAAUGCUUAGCUGGUCAGCGCAUAAAAUGCUGAAAGAGAAAGAUAUUGAAGGUGUAUUUAAGAAAAAAAGUAAUCUUGUGAAGGCCACGCUCAAUCCAAGACCCGAAGAGAAAGAAUUUCAUGACUCUAUUAUUCAAGGACCAGAUGAACUACUCAUGGGACGUGUUAUUAGCUUUGUAGACGAUGAUGUGGAAUUGGAUUUUGAAAGGGAAGAACGUGAGGAAUCUCCCACAAAGCCCGAUGUAGCAGAUGGGCAUCGUCACGAGCAAGACAAGAAAGAGAUACCAACUCCAAUUAACACCCACCAUGAAAAGUUGUUAGCUGAUAUUGACACUUUGAAAAGUAACCAACAAAGAAUGGAGGAGAAGUUGGAUUAUCUAAUUGAAUUAGUGCUCUCGCAACGUAAAGGUGGUGAUUCUGAGGAUUCAUUAUCAGAUGAGCAUCUUGCUUCACCACACCGUACAUUUAUUAUGGAGCACGUUGUUGGAGAAGAUAGCCCUAGCUGUAAGGUGGUAUCUCCUGGAGAUAUGGCUGGGGUGGAAUUCAAGAGAAGGAGGGUUCCAACGAAAAGAAUUUUUGGUUCCGAGUUUACUGAUCCAACUAAGAAGAAAAAGAAAGCAAAGACAAUUGUAACUGAUCCUUGUGAAAUUAAUCCCCUACAGCCAUAUGACGAAAAGCAAAUGAGACGUUUUAAGAAAUGGGUAAUUGGUUUAAAAAAGAAUGAUAAGCCUAUUUCUCUCUUGGCUGGUUCGUGCACUGCGAAAUGGUUUAUUCAGCUAAUUACACCACGUACAUGGCUGGACGGACUGGUAAGACUACUGAAAUAA